AUGGAUUAUGAUGGUUCAACAGUAAAAUGGGGACUUACUCACCACAAAGAUAGUGCAGCUGAUUGCUGUCAAGCUUGUUUGGACCAUGCUAAACGCGCCAAAGAAGGUGAAAAGAAAUGCAAUAUUUGGGUUUAUUGCCCGUCAGAAUUUGGAUGUCAUUCACCAGAUGUCUAUCAGCACAAACAUCAGGAAUGCUGGCUGAAAUCUGCUGAGAAACCGAAACUGAAUUUUAAGAAUAGGUAUCCUGAAUGGUAUCGAAAUUCACAUCCAUCUGCACCGACUGCUGAUACUUCAAAAGUACCUGCACACCAAAUGCCCAUUGUUUCAACAUUGACAAGACUUUUCAAUGAGACAUCGGAAGCACUUGGAGGGUCACGUGCAAAUCCAGCAAAGAGGCGGGAAAUAGAAGACAACUCAAAGAGACUUGGUGGGUUGUUUGCAAAAUUGAACAGUGGGGACAUCUCCAAAAAUGCUUCUGAUAAGCUCCUUCAGCUUUGUCAAGCGUUAGACAAUGGUGAUUUUGGUACUGCCCUGCAAAUUCAGUAG